GCCAAAGCAGAACAGCACAUCAACGUCUGCCAACAUUUUGAAGCCAAAUUUUGUUUGAGAUAAAGGGGGAGGUCUUGCAACAAAACAGCAAUAUAUGAACAGAAAUGGAGUUUGCAUGCCACUAUUCAAUCUGGGGACUUCUAGCCUUUAUGACUAUGGCUCUGAUUGUUUCAUUGGUCAUAAAUAUUUCAUACUGCAUAGCAAACAAGCAAAAAGGUUACACGUACAGAGACUAUCAAGAAUAUAAUGCAAGCUAUGAUGAUGAUUAUACUGAAGAAUGCCCAGUUUAUGGCAACCUCAAUCAAGAGAUUUUAGAUGAAUGUUGCUAUGAACAAAUGAAGGCCCAGCCUUGGAGACACGCUAAAGAAGUAAAGGUGGAAGUUGAAAGUCAGAUGUGCUAUGCCUCCCUUGAUCACAGCAUCAAGGAAAAACACAGGAAGCCUAGGAAAAAGAAAGCUCCUUCGUUAGAAGUGAAUGAAGAAGAGAUGCCAUCUAAAAACAGCACCCUGGUUUCCCAAACUAGCAUUUAUCUCAACAGUGACCAGCUGGCUGCUGAAAAUAAUCCAACAGAGGAAGCCAUUCAUGAUGACCCUAUCAGACUGUUUGGCUUGAUUCAUGCAACAUAGGAAGAGACUUCUAAAGAGGACUCCUGACCCAACUGAUCACACAAGAAACAAAUGAAAGAUCUAGUUUAUAUGUUGGGGGAAAGAGACUGAAUAAAUAGUAUCCUGAAUUUGGGAGAAUAGCUUGGUAAAUGAAACACUGAUCAAGGGUUUAAAUGGGUAAGUGAUGCAUUCAAAUUGCUGGGUAUAACUGCAGACUAAUUUAGGUCAGCAGGGAGCAGGAUUUUAGACACAGACUGCUAAAUUUUAAAGCAACCCAAAGAAGAACUGGCCACCUUUAUAUUUAUCUAUUUUGUAAAGGCGUUACAGGAGCCAAGUAUCUCUCAGAAUUUGCCCCCAAAUUAGCAAUUAUCCUGCAUACUUUAUAGCAGGACUUUCUUCAUUUCAGUUGUCCAUGGAUCCCACUUCAAGGGAUCUAAAAUGGGCCACAUGGCCCUCUGUAAAAAUCUAGCAUAUUUUGCCAGUUAUUCUAUGUUGUUUCAGGAGUGGUUUGGGAAAUCAUCAGAGGCACUUUAAGACUAGCAUAUUUAAUAGUUAAACUUGUUUUGCUGUUCAAUAUUUAACACUUUCCUACUGUGACCUGCAGUAAUAUUUAAGGUUAAUUAGAAAAUAAUGUAACUGCUUCAGUUCAUUUCAUUAGUGCUUUGUACAUCCAGCAAAUGUAAUGAUAUCCCUUAUAUACUCUUAGCUUCCUAUGGUGAACAGUACCAGAAUCUCAAAUCUCUACUUCUGUACCAAUAACAUUUUAUCUGUCUGUAUGCAACAGCCUAUAAAAGAAAGUGGCAAAUGAUCUGUAAAAUUAAGCCUCCUGAGGAGGACAGAAUGUAAAACCCAGUAGAAAUCAUUGUCACUUUAUAAACUAUUUUAGGAAGACUGAGGAAUAAAAAAGACUUUUCCUAACAAUUCAGUAACUGUAU